AUGAAAGAGAUGAUCAACGCGAGAGAGUUAUCGAGUAUGUUACCUCAAUUGAAUCUUUCGGACGUGUUUCCAUCCUCCUCCAAUAAAUCUUGGCUUAAAAAUCACGAUUUCACGGUUGGAAGACAAGCAUUAUCAAACGGAUUGCAAAAGAAACACGCAGUUUUGUUGAUCCCUGGAAUUAUCUCCAGCGGCUUGGAGAGCUGGGGUACAACAGAAGAACACGCACCAUUCUUCCGCAAUCGAAUUUGGGGGACCGCAGCUAUGUUGAGGGCUGUAGUAACCAGGAAAGAAGCUUGGCUGAAAGCUAUCAAGCUAGAUCUUGAAACAGGUCUGGAUCCACCUGGCGUCAAAGUCAGAGCUGCUCAAGGGUUUGAUGCAGCGGCUUACUUUGUUCAGGGAUAUUGGAUAUGGCAAAAAAUCAUCGAAAAUUUGGCAGUACUGGAUUACGAUCCAUUGGAUAUGUCACUAAUGGCGUAUGACUGGCGCCUAACCCCAUUGAACUUGGAGAUUCGUGAUCGAUAUUUUUCUCGUAUGAAAGUCGCCAUUGAACAUUCCAAGCAAAUCCUCGGGAAAAAGACUGUACUUGUCAGUCAUAGUAUGGGUGGGAGCAUCGUGCUCUUUUUUCUCAAAUGGGUAGAAGCUAGUGGUGAGCAUUUUGGAAAUGGGGGCGCAGACUGGGUAGAGAACCAUAUAGAAAGCUUCGUGAAUAUCGCAGGAACGACUUUAGGCGUUCCAAAGACUCUGGCGGCUUUGUUGAGUGGUGAAAUGCGAGACACGGUAGAAUUAAAUGCUGCGGGGGUUUAUGUGCUUGAAAAGCUUUUCUCAAGAAAAGAGCGAGCUGAUUUGUUCAGGUCUUGGGCCGGGUCAGCAGCACUUUGGCCUAAAGGUGGCAAUGUCAUUUGGGGUACUGCUCAAGGAGCGCCAGAUGAUCCAGAAAAUGCCACAUUGACCAGCGGAAACGUCUACAAUUUCCGACCAAAUGAUAAGACGUCAACAAAAAAUCUAACGAUGGAAGGGGCCUACGAGUACUUGCUACAACAUACACCAACUCAAUAUGGAAAGAUGCUUCAGACAAACCAUAGUUUUGGAAUCACAACAGAUGAAGAAGAAUUGAAGGCAAACAAUGGUGAUUUUAGAAAAUGGACCAAUCCGCUUGAAGUUCAAUUACCUAAUGCCAAGAGCAUGUCGAUCUACUGUUUAUACGGAGUUGGCAAACCCACCGAAAGGGGGUACUGGUACAAGGAAGAUGAAGAUGAGGUAACCGGAAGUCAACAUGUAUAUGUUGACAAUGAAGUCAGUCUUGACGAAGAGCGACCAAAGAUCAAGAAUGGCGUGACCUUCAGUGAUGGUGAUGGAACAGUCUCACUCCUUAGUCUAGGUGCAAUGUGUGUGGAUGGAUGGCAAAGGAAGAGUUAUAAUCCAGCUGGUAUUCGAGUGGUGACGCACGAGAUUGAACAUCGACCGCAAGGCUUUGAUAUCAGAGGAGGCUCUACCACUGCAGAUCAUAUUGAUAUUCUUGGAUCAGCCGAAUUGAAUGAAGCGAUUAUCAAUAUUGUGUCUGGACGAGAAGAACUUGUGAAGGAAAAGAUCGUCUCAGAGAUUAAAAGUUAUGUGAAACGGAUCAGAUGGCCUGCUUGA